AUGGAGGUUUCAUUUCAACAAUUUUCAAAGAAGGAAGUGAGUGAGAAGGGAUAUCCUGCAGUGUUCGGACAGCCUCUGGUGAUUAAUCUUGGUGCUUCUGAACGUAUUGAUUUGAAGAAGGGAGAUUUGUUUGUGGUGAGAGUGUUCUACGAAACCACUCAAGAGAGUGAAGCGAUUCAGUGGUUGAAUCCAGAACAAACUCUUGGAAAGAAGCAUCCAUACUUGUUUACUCAAUGUCAGGCAAUUCAUGCACGUUCUUUCCUUCCAUGCCAAGACACUCCUUCCAACAAGAUAACCUAUUCAGCCACCAUUCGUACUGAGAAGCCUCUUGUGGCUGCCAUGUCCGCAAUCAAACAGUGGGAAGAUGAUACCUCUCAUAUUAAUAUUUAUCACUUUCAGCAAAACGUUCCUAUUCCAUCCUAUCUCAUCGCUCUUGUAGUUGGAGCUUUGGAAAGUAAACAAAUUGGACCAAGAAGCACAUUAUACUGCGAAGAAGAGGCUCUGGAAAAGGCAGCUGAAGAAUUUUCACAAACUGAAGAUUUCAUCAAGGCCGCCGAGGAGUUCUUGCCACCUUAUGCAUGGGGAAAAUAUGACCUUGUCGUUCUUCCUGGAUCCUAUCCUUUUGGAGGAAUGGAAAAUUCUAAUUUGACAUUCUUAACUCCAACCUUGUUGGCCGGUGACAAAUCUUUGGCAAAUGUUGUUGCCCACGAAAUCGCUCAUAGUUGGAGUGGAAAUUAUACCACGAACGCCACAUGGGAAGAAUUUUGGCUUAAUGAAGGCUUUACUGUAUUCAUUGAGAGAAGAAUUUUAGCAAGAUUGAAUGGAGAAGAAUACGCAAAAUUUCAUGCACAAAUUGGUUAUGCAUCAUUAACUGCUUCUAUCAAUCAUUAUAAGGAGAUUAAUGAAACACAAUUUACUAAAAUGAUUCCAAAGUUAGACAACAUUGAUCCUGAUGAUGCAUUCAGCUCAGUUCCAUAUGAAAAGGGAUUUAACUUUUUGUAUUACUUGGCUGAUCAAAUUCAAAUGAAGGAAUGCUUUUUGGACUUUUUCUCUGAUGUUGAAAAGACAAAAGAAAUUGACUGGGAUGCUUGGUUUUAUAGCGAGGGUGAUGUCAUUGUUAAGAAUAAUUUCGAAAACUCUUUGAGUGUUGCUGCAAAUGAACUCUGUAAACGAUGGGUCGAGGCAGGCGAGGAAGCAUCCUCAUUCUCCAAGAGUGAUAUUGCUGGAUGGACCUCAACACAACUUUCUUACUUCUUGGAUAUUUUAUUGGAGAACGAGAAACCUCUUAAUAUUCAAAAAUUAGAUGAAAUUUAUGAUCUCUCAAAGUAUACCAACAGUGAAAUUAGAAAUGGAUGGCAAUUACUCGCUCUCAAGCACAAAUAUUCUCCUAUCAAGAGCCAAGUCGUUGAUUUUAUCACAUCACAAGGAAGAAUGAAAUUCGUAAGACCACUCUAUCGUGAAUUGUUCAAAUUCGACAAGGAGUUGGCAGUUUCUACUUUCCUAGAACACAAAAAUUUCUAUCAUGCUGUGGCUAGAAAGAUGAUUGAGAAGGAUUUACAAUUGGAUCGACCAAAUGCAGCCGUCAAGCAAUAA